AUGAAUGUCUCCAAAAACAUUCAGAUGUGCAGGGAGCACUUCGAGAAUUGGAAAGAUUGGAUUCGAGAUCAGGUUGAGGCUGCAGUAGCAGGGGAUGGAGAAGAUCAGGAUGAGGUGGAGGAUAGGAAAGUAGAGAGAAUUCACAUAUUGUUGAAUUAUGUGAAUAGAAAGUCUGUCGGCAACACGACUCUCAAAUUGAAAAGUGUCGCAAAUGACAUGCAAGAUAUUGUUAAUGCGCAGGCUGAGUGGCAGAGCUCACCGCCAACGUCGCCAGAAGACCUCGGAAUACGUUUAGCGACUUUCGAGGCAAAAGAGGAAGAGGAAGAGGUUCCUGCUCAAAAUGGCACCACAUCUAGUGGAACUGUGGACAAAAGAUCCCAGAACGCUGAAGUGAUGCAAAUUGAGUACUUCAACAGACUCAUUUUGUUGGAGGAAAGAGAAAUACAGUUGAGCAGGAGAGAAUAG